CGUCCGAUAAGAUUAUACACACGGUGAUAAUCUUGUUCAGUGUUUAUGCCCGUUUAGAAAAAUCUAGUUAGCCUUCAAGAACACCAUACACUAAAUAUUCUCGUUACUAGUUGAAAAGUCCUACAAGAAUAAAACAGCCAUGACUAUAGAUAUGUAUUAUGUACCUGCCAGCCCUCCCUGCAGAACAGUCCAGGUUGUGGCCAAAAUACUAGGAAUUGAAUUGAAUCUUCACCUCGUCGAUUUCUUGAAGGGUGAACAUAUGACGCCAAAGUUCCUUCAGAUGAACCCUCAACAUUCACUGCCUACAAUUGUUGACAAUGGAUUCUCUCUCAGUGAAAGUCGAGCUAUCAUCACUUACUUGAUGGACAAAUACAGCAAGAAUGACUCUCUUUAUCCGAGGGAUAUAAAGAGACGAGCUGUCAUCAACCAGAGACUCUAUUUCGACUGCAGCGUGCUCUAUCAGCGAUUCAUGGACUUGUAUUUUCCCAAGUUCUUCGGAGGAGCCGAGCUGGACGAGGCCAAGGAGAAGAGGCUUGAUGACGCAUUCAAUAUUUUGGAAGAGUACCUGAGUCGGACCAGAUGUGUGGCUGAGGAUAGUUACACACUAGCAGAUAUCUCUGUAGCCGUCACCGUCUCUACAAUUGAGGUAUCUGGCUAUGACAUAAGCAAGUACCCCAGUGUAGCGGCUUGGAUGGCCAGGGUCAAAACCUCUCUCCCUGCGUAUGAGGUCAACCAGAAGGGCGUAGAAGCCUUUAAAGCGCUAGUUUCAUGAUCAUCGCUCUAAUAGUUUUAUUGUUUUUUCCAAUAUAUUUUGAAUGUUAAUGUCUUGUUUGUAAAUAGAACCACAAACUAUUACACCUUUUCAGUAAAUAAA